UCUCGAUCGCACAAUGCACUCUGCAGUUGGACGUCUGGCAAAUAUCGGAUAAGGACACAUUCAGGGCCAAUGGAAGCACUGCUGGAACAGCUGUUUGAGUACAUCACUGUGACCGAGGUUCCCUCACAACAGACCCCAGAAGAUAUCCAAGCUUACCAACAACUGCUCUCGACAUGCGUGGAAAAAUGUCUUGUUCAACCGGCCGCGGCUUUGAGACGGGAAGGCUCAUUGAAGAAAACAGAGCUCCGUGGUGCAACAAUGACAGUUGGUCUCUUACGUGUUGCAGCCAACCGCGUUCCAGAAAUCUUUGUGUUGCCCGUAGAAGGCGGGGUUGGCGGCCAGUCAGCCGGACUGGCAGGUGCUCAGAAAGAUUCAGAUGGGUCUAAGCCUGCCGGACCUGUUCUUCUGUCGCAAUUGUAUGCCCCAGCAGAGGCUGGAAUGUCUGAUACGUUUACGCUAUGGCUCGUAGCUCGCUUAUUUAAUAUCCUGGCUAGCCCGGAGCUGGAUGGACUGCACCCAGGCGUUCUUGACGUACUUGAUGAAGUACUUUAUAUUGUAAAAGAGGGACGUGGGAGCGAUGAGGUGGUCGCAUUUACAGCUAUUUUUCGAGAUAUUCUAGAUCUAUUUAAUGACCUGCAGGAGCUGGGGAUACCCAAUAAUGAGACAAUGGUGCAAGUAUCAAUAUUCAAACACUUGGAACGGGCCAACAUUAUACCAGCUGUGAUCACACAAGAGAUUAAUUUGCGAGGAGUGCGAAGCUGUAAUAUUUUACUGCAAAACGUCUACCGAUUAUUGUUGCGAGUUGUCGUCCACUCUAAAUUUGCUCUGGGUGAUUGUAUUCCUCAACUCUGGGAACUCAUUCUUCAACGUCUAGAGUCACCACAUGCGCAGACCGGAUUGAAGGAUCUAUUGAACUUGAUCGACGGCCUUCAACGAAACGCUUGCCCUGUGCCUUCACUUUUGGCUGAACGCCUUCUGGUGCAGAUCGCAACUAUCUGUUUAGAGUGUCUUUCCGAGCGCGAAAGUGGGAAGACCGCUCUUCAAGACCCACAGACAUCACUGGACGAUGCAUUUGCAAAUUAUUUCAAAUUUUGCCUAGACUCUUUGUGCGCUCCAAGUAAUCUUUCGAUAUCACUCAGUGCGAUCAUCAAGCAACUCUUGGAACCUCACAUAUUUCAUCGUAUACGAUCUUCAACACUUCAAAGCGUCUUGUUACAUUUUUACGCCCGAACUCUGCGCUUUUCGCGAUACAUUGAACCUGCUAUGGCUACGGCGCUACUCGACUAUUCUGUGGACGAAAGCCUCCGAGAAGCUGCUGCAAGUUGUUUCGAUGCCAUCUUAUUGGGUCCUUCUCGAAAGUUGGGAGAAGAUUGUACGAUGACUGCUCCACGUCGAAAGAGGAAGCAUGGUGACAGCCAUUGCGUAUCUGCGGAUGGCCCCAAUGAUGAACCGCAAUCUAAGCGUCACAAACUUGCAAACGAUACAUCGCUGGAGGCAUCAGCGCAUCCCACCAGAAACUUCGUUGCCACGAAUGGAAAUUCGCCCGACUUGCCAGACUUCAAGUCAGAUACAACUGAUCUUCUUUUGAAGCAAGGAAGUCUGUUAUUGGAUGAGCUUGCGUCCUUCGAAGCAGUGGCGCCGAACAAGACACGCUCACUCAUUCAAGGAUUCAUUGCGAUACUGGACAAGUCGCAUUGCUGUUUUGACGUUGCGAACAUCGCCCACUUGUUGGAUCAGUUUAUACGACAUCUUUUGCCCGCUGCGAUUCGUGCUGUCGAAUCGGCGUCCGUUACUGGCGAUCCAUCCAUGGAGAGAUUUGAGAGUGUCGCCCUAGUUGCCUCCGAUUUGGCAGCCCUGGCUAUAUACCCACACCUAUGGUCGUCGGACUCCAUUCGCGGUUUGUCAUGGAUUUUGUGUGUCCCAUGGAUGAACGAACUGAGCACCAUAGCGCGUGCCGAAUGCUCGGGGUUGACGGAUCCACUCGCAGUGGCAGGCAAGAAUGCCAUGCUCGAUUUGAACGAUAGUAUAGAUUUUCAAGUUGCAGGUGUCGAUAUACCGACUAUCACCUCGUUAUCUAUGCCAUGCAGUGAUCCUCUGGUGGCAAGGUGCUUGAAAUCGAUAGUUAGUGUCUCUACUCAUCAUCCGGAUUUGCGAUUGUGUCCAUGGACUGCCUAUCUGGUAUCAAAAACGUUGUUACAGCCCAUGAAGUACAUUGAAACGUCGCAAGUUGCAUAUGAGUUGUUCCCAGUAGUCGUAUCGGACCUUGCCGACAACGAAGGAUUACAGAAACAGAUAAUUGAUAUGUUGAUCGUACCUGGAAAUCCAGACGCCAUGGAAAAUGUAGCAGGGAUGAUAGGUUAUAUAAGUUGCGCCAGGGCGCGUACGUUGUUGAAAUCGCACACGUCCAGCGGCCUUGGAAGCCCAAUGCGCUGCAUGAUCUGCGAUGGACGAGUUGGCGCGGCACCGUCCUCACCGGUAGUAGCGCAGCAAGCGGUCAGUCUUGAAAAUUGGUGGCCAUUCCUCCCAUUGCUAGAAGAUGGUAGUGAAAGUGUACAACAACGAUAUCUAUGUUCUGCUUUACGUUUCAUUGCACAUGCGAGUAUGGACGAGUUGGACUUGAAGGAGUCCUCUUUUACCGCAAAAUGCUUGAGUGCCAUGUCAAGUCCUCAUCGAUCCGUUAGGUUAGCGGCCGGCGACGUGGCGAUCGCUAUAUUCACCCGCCUUCAAUCCGUUAAUCAGGAAUAUACAGUUUUGUCGGACAAUGAGCUGGCCUUAGCAAAGGAGAUGAAACGGAUUGCAAAGACAAAAAACCCGCAUAUAUUGCAAACUUUUUCCCGGACGAUUGGCCGCAUCGGGCAGACUGCGGGCGAGGCCCUCCUGGUCAUGGUUUUAUACUAUCUAUUGGAUCAACUCGCCAAUGAGAAUGUCAUCUUGCGCGCGGUUGCCUCGGAAGAAAUACAAUCGAUUGCGCGAGCACGUAGUAAAACUGUUAGGCAGCUCUUUGAACCCUUCCGGGAUGAGCUCAGUGUAUAUCUCAUCGAUCGCGUGGAGAACGAACCUAGGAUAUAUCGGACUUGUUUACAGCUUCUUGGAAUGUCAAAUCAAGAGGUUCUAGAGGAAAGCCUACAGUACAUUUUACCCCACUUGGUUGUUGAGCAAGACGCCGACAAGAUCCAAGAAAUCGCACGUAUCUUGAGGCAGUCGUUGGCAGUAAUGCUGGUGAACGAAGGCGGUAACAUCCUUCCAUUCAUUCUGAUGCAAGGCAAAGACUACAAAGCAACUUUGAACUUCUUUUUGCAAAUGAUAUCAAAGUCUGUCGGGAUUUCCAAGCUACUGAAGUCUUUCGCUCUCACGUUGAUUAUCAAGCUGACGAUGGAGCUUGGUGCAAGCAAGUCAAGCCGGAGCAGGGCAGAAGGAGCGCUAGUGGUUAUAAAAACUGUGUUGACAAAUGAUCUCCAAGAAAUUCAGGAUUCGGACCGCCCUGCUGUAAACUCCCAUGUUGGGAAUGGACUAUCCGGCUUCCUUCAUUCUUACAUUCUGGGAAUUCUGGAACAUGUAAAUCAGAACAUAUUGGAUAUUGAUAACCGUUUGUCUCGUCGGGAGAAGAUAAAAACUGUUCGCAGCUUGACGGAGGUCAUCGGUAUCAUAGGGCCUCUGAUAGUGUCUGUGAUACCUCAGAUCAUGGCAACUCUGCAAACAGCGCUGGAUAUGGCACCACUCCGCAGCACGGCGCUGCAAGCAUGGGAGAUAUUCCUGACGACUCUCGAUCCUAUCGAUAUUAGCCCACUCUUGAAUCAAGUCUGCAUAUCCCUAUGCAAAUUGCAUCAAGAGUUCACACCUGAACAAAUGUCCCAGGUGAUUGCCAUUCUUGAAUACCUCCUCGUUCGGAACGCCGAGAAAUUUGCGUCUGUCCUCGCUGGCAUAUGUCCGUUGCCUGACAUCCCAGAUUUCGGGCGUUUUAAUUCUGUACUGAAAGAACAUCAGGGCUCAAUGGACGUUUUACAGCAAAUCAGUCUUCUUUUGCCAGUUAUAUCCGACGAUAACGCAUCAGUCUCCCGACGCGCUCUGCAAGAGCUGCGAAAGGUCCUCAUCAACGGUGCCGAGGAACUGCAUGUAUGUAUUUUAGCAGAAACGGUGGACGUUCGGAUAAGUCAGACUGUACGGACUCUAUUGGAAGCCUGUCGACGUUAUAAUGGGAGCGAGUUGGACAUCCAAAGAUUGUGCUGUGAAUGCCUUGGCGCUAUUGGAGCGACGGACCCGUCUCGAUUGGACGUAGUUAUCACUGGUGACACCUGUGCAUCUGCUGCUCUGAACAGUGCGGGAGACUUCUCAUCUUUCGAGCAGGCUGUUUCGUUUGCAUGUUCCCUUAUUGAACGGCGAUUGGCACCUGCGUGUCGUUCCACUCGUGACACUAAAAUGCAAACCAACUAUGCAUUUGCCAUUCAAGAAUUACUACGCUUUUGUGGAUUCACGGCGGAUAUUGUUGAUGGCGGUGUCAAAGCUAAAUCGACGACAGGGAGGACCGAAGAAAGCAGUACGGCGCCACUUCUCCGACGAAUGUGGAAUUCUUUUUCGAGGACUGUUGUUGCCACCAUCAGGCCUCUUUUGAAUGCCAAAUAUCAGCAAACGGUGCGAGGUACCACAUCAGCACCACUUUCCUACCCACUGUUCUUGUGGCAUGAGACCUUCCGGGAUUGGCUGCAGACAUGGACUGUAGACUUAAUCCGAAAGGCAAAUGGACAGCGGGCGCAAGAUAUAUUUGGUGUGUGCAAAAACGUGGUCGUGAUUGGAGACAUCAAUGUAGCGCAGUUUAUUCUUCCACAUCUUGUUCUGAACAUUUUGGUCGCGGGAAAAGACGAUGUACGUGAUGAGAUCUACACUGAAUUCAUUUCCGUCCUGGAAGAUGUACGCAAUAGUCGUGGGAAAACCACAGAGAAGAGACAGUUAAGCAGUCAGAUGAUUUUCUCUCUCGUAGAUCACCUUACUCAAUGGCUCCGCUUGAGGCGUCAAGAAGCAGCGAAGCGAAAGGCAGCACAAGCGCGCCGGCAGGGCCGGUACAUGAAUGUGGACGAGACGGACGUAGACAAGGACCCGUCCGCGCUUCAAGUCGAAAGUUUCCUAAUGCGGAUUCCGCAGUCCGUCAUGGCAGACGCCUCGUACUGCUGCAGGGCGUACGCUCGUGCCCUACUCCAUUUUGAGCAGCACAUACGCCAAGAAAGAACAGCUAAAGAUGAGACGGCAUUGCAACCCCUUUAUAGUCACUUACAGAAAAUUUACGCUCACUUGGAUGAACCCGAUGGGAUGGAGGGCAUCUCUACGAAGUUUCUUACCCCUUCACUGGAGCAACAGCUACUGGAACACGAAAGCGCUGGACGAUGGACUGCCGCUCAAACUUGCUACGAGUUGUCGCUACAACAGGAGCCUGAUAAGUUGGUCUAUCAUAUCGGAUUAUUGAAUUGUUUGAAAAAUUUGGGACAUCUCGAAACAUUGUUGAAUCACGUCAGGGGCACUGUGUUCCGUCAUUCACAGUGGUCAUCAAUUCUCAACUCUUAUGCCAUCGAGGCUGCGUGGAAGAUGGGAAACUGGACCGCACUGGACGAAUUCCUAUCGCGCCCGUUCGAAGGACGUUUUGAGACUUCCGUGGGAGUCCUGGUGAAUGCUGGCAGAAAAGGCGAUAAGGACCGGUUUGCAACCGUAUUACAAGGCACACGAGAGGCCCUGACUGCAGAUCUGGCUGCUGCCAGUAUGGAGUCGUAUCGCCGGGGGUACGAUUGCGCUGUGAAGCUCCAUAUUCUACAUGAAAUCGAGGGCGUUUUCGGUGGCCAAGGCUCGAGUACAGGGACCUUACGAGGGAAUGCACUGUUGAACAAUUGGGAUUCACGGCUGAAAAUUACGAUACCAUCAUUCCGCGUCCGUGAGCCUAUCUUGAACGUAAGGAGAAUAUUGCUACAGGAACAAACCUCGUGUCUAGAUGCUCACACGUCCGCUAGUGUCAAAUGUGGGCAGAUAUGGUUGCAGACAGCCAAAGCUUCGCGCAAAGCCGGACAUCUACAACCCGCUUACAAUGCGCUCUUGCAUGCCUCUCGACUGGGUGCACCGCUCGUCCAUCUGGAGCGAGCCAAAUGGCUGUGGGAUCAGAAGCAAUCUCAUAAAGCUAUGUUUGAACUCCAGGCAGUGGUGCAGAAAAUGGAAAGUAAAGUGGAUUCAGGUGCAAAAGUUUCCACAGUUGGGUCACAAAUGCUGCUCUCAGAGCCGUUAGUAAGGGCCAAGACACAACUGCUACUCACGCGAUGGAUGGAGGAAACCAGUGCCGCUCCGUUGGGCGCUAUCCUAACCAAAUAUCAAGCUGCUGCAAAAGAGCUUCCAGAGUGGGAAAAGAGUGCAUUCUAUUUGGGACGGUAUUUUGACAAGCUGUACGACGCGGAUGAGGAGAGACAGAAAGAGCAGCAGAAUAAGGGCGACCUGCGGGCAAGCAACCCCGUUCAACUCGCAUCCUUGGCGUACUCUAUCUGCCACCAGUACCAGAGGGCACUUACCUAUGGAACCCGAUAUAUCUAUCAAACGAUGCCUCGACUCCUAACCAUAUGGCUAAACGUUGGUCAGAAGGUCGUUCGACUGAUGGAGAAUCCGGAGGCAAGCAAGGAUCCGUGGGUGACCAGGUUCAACCAGAUUAACCGACUUGUACGCAAAUUAAACGAACGCAUCCCAGCAUAUCAAUUUCUGACCGCAAUUUCCCAACUUGCAUCCCGCAUCGGUCACGCGAAUUUGAGCGUGCAUCAAGUUCUUGAAGCCAUCCUCAUUAACGUGCUGUGCGUCUAUCCUCACCAAACGUUGUGGCAACUGAUGGCGGUUGCUGAAAGCUCGUCGCCAAUACGGAAGCAGAGAAUGAGAUCUGUUUUCGCGAAGGUCAAGUCCGACCCGGCUGUAAAACAGUACAGUCAAGGUAGCUUACCCGAGCUAAUACAGGAGGGUCAAGCCUUGACGAAGAAUUUGCUCGACCUCUGCAAUUUUCCAGUUCAGUCUCGCGAAACCACCUUAAGUGUUUCAAAGAAUUUUCGUACUUUAGAGCGAAUGGCACCUUUGCGCAUGAUAGUACCCCUACAAUCGACAAUGACAGUCACGCUACCAUCUGGGAAGCAAAGCGCCACUGCUCAUAGGCCUUUUCCUAUAGAUGCGCCUACAAUACAAGGCUUUCACGACGAAGUUGAGAUCAUGAAUUCACUGCAACGUCCACGCAAAUUGACCAUUAAAGGAAGCGAUGGUCGGGACUACAUAUUUCUCUGUAAACCAAAGGAUGACUUGCGCAAGGACAGCAGGCUUAUGGAGUUCAAUUCCAUGAUAAAUAAACUGCUAAAAAAAGAUCCGGAUGCUCGACGAAGGCGGCUAUACAUUCGAACAUAUGCAGUGCUGCCACUUAACGAGGAAUGUGGUCUUAUUGAAUGGGUCAAGAAUACCAUUGGCUUCCGGCAUAUUAUGGUUACUGCGUACAAAACAAAGAAUACAUAUUGUCCGCCGAUGGAGGUGAAACAGCUCAUGGACAGAAAACAACCGUCUCCUGAGGAGAUCUUCGUCAAAAUGAUUAAGCCAAAGUUUCCUCCCAUAUUUCACGAAUGGUUCCUCGAAACAUUUCCGGAACCAACACAAUGGCUUGCUAGCCGGCUCGCUUAUUCUUCAACGAUCGCCGUCAUGUCCAUGAUAGGUUACGUAGUGGGACUCGGCGAUCGGCAUGGAGAGAACAUUCUGUUUGAUGAUCAAACUGGCGACUGUGUGCACGUUGACCUGAAUUGCCUUUUUGAGAAGGGAUUGACCUUUGAGAAACCCGAAAAGGUUCCAUUUCGUUUAACCCACAAUAUGGUGGAUGCCUUCGGAGUAACAGGAGUAGAAGGCGUCUUCCGAAAGUGCUGCGAGGUCACUAUUAACGUUCUGCGGGCGAAUCGUGAAUCUCUGAUGUCAGUUCUGGAAACAUUCCUUUAUGACCCACUGUGCGAAUGGAACAAACCCUCUCGGCGGUCCAUGACAGCCGCACCUGUGAUCUCAAAGGACGGGGAAAUUGAAAAUCGGCAAGCUCGAGAAACUCUCGACAAGAUAAACCGGAAACUGCAAGGGUAUAUUGGGGACCCGAAGGAUCUGACACUGCCCUUCAGUGUAGAAGGACAAGUGCACGAGCUGAUAGAGCAAGCCACGAGUACCAAGAACUUGGCGGUGAUGUAUAUAGGUUGGACUGCAUACAUGUAGAUUGUAAAUUCUGGUAAUGGGCUGUCAAUAUUCACGUUUUACGGACAAACUUGAUAAUGAUCGCAGACAGUCAUUGGCACUGCUUGGCAUUAUAUGCAACAUUGUAAACAUCCCACCAAAAACAAACUAUGGUCUUAUAGGCGGUGCAAACAAGC